AUGCACUCCAAGAUCUCCGCCCCGACCGCUGUGGUCAUGCUUUUGACCGCCAUGGCUGCGGCCACUCCCAUCGCUGUUCCCGCACCCGUUGCUGAUUCCGACGCCGCGGUGCAAAACAUCGACGCUCGUGAUGCGGCCGAGGCUGCUGCCGCCGAGCCGAACGCCGUCGACGACCAGAAAUACGCCUGGUACAACUUCAAGCGGGAUGAGGCCAAGGCCGAUGCCGUUGAUGACCAAAAGUACGCGUGGUACAACUUCAAGCGCGACGACGCCAACACCGAUGCUGUCGACGACCAAAAGUACGCUUGGUACAACUUCAAGCGUGACGAAGCCAAGGCCGACGCCGUCGACGAUCAGAAGUACGCCUGGUAUAACUUCAAGCGUGACGAGGCCAAGGCCGACGCUGUGGAUGACCAGAAGUACGCUUGGUACAACUUCAAGCGCGAUGAGGAGAGUGCCCCGGCUCAGCCCGCCGCCGACGCUGUCGACGACCAGAAGUAUGCGUGGUACAACUUCAAGCGUGAUGAGAGCGCCGCCCAGGCUGAGGCUGCCCCUGACGCCGUCGACGACCAAAAGUACGCCUGGUACAAUUUCAAGCGCGACGAGGCCAAGGCCGACGCGGUUGACGACCAGAAGUACGCCUGGUACAACUUUAAGCGGGGUGAGGAGAGCGCCGCUGAGGCUGCUGCGCCCGCUGCCGUCGACGAUCAGAAGUACGCCUGGUACAACUUCAAGAGAGAGGAGGGAAGCGCGGCCCAGCCUGCCGCCGACGCCGUUGAUGACCAGAAGUACGCGUGGUACAACUUCAAGAGGGGCGAGGAAAGCGCGGCCGAGGUUUCCCCUGAUGCUGUUGACGAUCAGAAAUACGCCUGGUACAACUUCAAGCGCGACGAGGAGAGUGCGGCUGAGGCGGCUCCUGAUGCGGUGGAUGACCAGAAGUACGCCUGGUACAACUUCAAGAGGGAGGAGAACAGUGCCGCUGAGGCUGCUACCCCUGACGCUGUCGAUGAUCAGAAGUAUGCCUGGUACAACUUCAAGAGGGAGGAGGCGACCGCCGACUCUGAGUAG